AUGAAGUUCACCACCGCCCUCCUCCUCCUCGCCUCCUCCUCCUCCUCCCCCGUCCUCGCCACCCCCGCCUCCUCCAACAUCACCCCCAACACCGUCGGCGCCCUGCACAAGCGCGCCAACUUCCCCAUCCCCGCCUCGAAAGGCUCCGUCACUCUCUCGGAGCCGCAGACGAUCAAGGCCAGCGAGCCGUUCGACGGCGGCCUCAAGACGUACGGGCGCGGCGUCAGCUGCUCGGGGCAGGCCGAGGGCGGCGACGCCGACGCGGUGUUCCUGCUCGAGGACGGCGCGACGCUGAAGAACGCGAUCAUUGGCACCGACCAGAUCGAGGGCGUCCACUGCAAGGGCAAGUGCACCAUUGAGAAUGUCUGGUGGGAGAAGGUGUGCGAGGAUGCGCUGAGCAUUAAGGGGGAUGGGGAUGCGAGUGUUAUUGGCGGCGGCGCAACCGGCGCAGAAGACAAGAUCAUCCAGCACAACGGUCUGGGCACCGUGACGAUCGACGGGUUCACCGCCGUCGACUUCGGCAAGCUGUACCGCUCGUGCGGCAACUGCAAGGUCAUGGGCGAGCGCAACGUCGUCGUCAAGAACGUCAAGGCGACCGACGGCAAGGUCCUCGUCGGCAUCAACUCGAACAAGGGCGACGUCGCGACCAUCACGGACUCGUGCGCUACGUCUGUUAAGGAGAUCUGUGUUGAGUUCGAGGGCACCACCCCCGGCAACGAGCCCAAGGAGAUCGGCUCCGGCCCGAGCGACAACUGCAAGUACACCGAGCUCGCUACUUGCUAGAUGCCUACCUACCUCCCCCCCCUAGCUACUAGCUAGGCUACACGUGUAUAAAUCGGGCACACACACACACAUGUAUAUACCCUUAAGCGUCUACUGUACAUAUUCGUCACAACACCCUCGUCAGUGUCUUGCGAGC